UGGCACCGCGCACUCUGUUCCUGCUGCUCGUUGGAUUUGUGGGACCACUGUGUAUCAUCAUGAUGUCAUUUAACCAAAGGAGCAUGUCACAAGAGAAGAGAGCAGAGAGGAUCCGUCAGAUGCAGGGCCUGAGAAAGCAGCUGCUAAAAGAGAUGUGCGACGGUGACAAAGAGGCAUUUUCCAACGGGAAGCGCGGUUUGCGAGACAUGAGUGACGACGAGCUGAAGCACUUCAUUGUGGAUGAAAAUCACGGCAUCAUCUACUGUUACGUUCCCAAGGUGGCGUGCACCAACUGGAAGAGAGUUAUGUUUGUCCUAAACCAGAGCGAGCCAUAUGAUGACCCUGUGUCCAUUGGUAAGGACCUGGUCCACUUACCGCAAUUGUUCACUCUCCUAAACAGCUUCCCAAGACCAGAGAGGGAGGCAAAGCUGAAGCACUACACCAAGUUCCUGUUUGUCAGGGACCCGUUGAUCCGUCUCAUCUCUGGCUUUCGAGACAAGUUCCUGACGGUGAACCAGCCCUUCUAUGAAAACUUCGGCCGAUACAUUCUGCAACGGUAUGGGAACCAGCCUGAUCCUCCACGGACAGCGGAAGAGGCGUUUGCGUCGGGGAUGCAGCCCUCAUUUCACAACUUCAUACAGUACCUGGUAGACCCCGAGAGAGAGAAGGAGGGGCUCUUUGAACCCCACUGGAGGCAGAUGCACAAGCUGUGCCACCCCUGCCUCAUACAGUAUGAUUUCGUUGGCCAUCAGGAGACUCUUCAAGAUGAUGCUGAACUGCUGCUGAAGACCUUAAAGCUGGAGGACGACAUCAAGUUCCCUCCUUCCUAUGAAAACAUGACGUCGCCUGAUCAUGUGUUAACCUGGUUCAGGACAGUUCCCCUAGAGGACAGGAGGAAGCUGUACAAACUCUACGAGGGCGACUUCAGGCUGUUUGGCUACCAAAAGCCAAGUGAACUGCUUGAUGGUUGAGAUGAGGUCAUAAUUUGGACCGUUUUCCACUUCCCUUUGCAGGCCAUGGG